CAAAAUAAGACUUGCUUCCUUCUCCCAUAUACCUCCCGCCUGCCGACUACGAGGCUGGGCAAAGCUUGACAAUGCCACGAGAUCCUCGCUUGCAGAGCUUUGGAUCUGAUCCCUUGCAAAAUGCAACCGUUGGAAUAUGCCGCCAGCGUGCGCCAGGCCGAUGGUUGACCCAUGAUGACCCAUGAUGGGAUGCUCCCUGAGAAGCCCGUGGGAGCUACAAAAUGGCAGAGCUUCCUCGAUCGUUUUCCACGACUUGCAGCCUCUUCUUGAGCCCGGACAUUGCUUCAGGAACUUGACAUUGGACGGCAAGGCACCAUGAGAACACAGUUUGCCCUAAAGGCUGCUUUAGCACUAGGUGCUUUCUGCGCCCAGUGUGCCGCUCAGACAUACCAGAGACUGGGAGGCUGUCCCAGCCUGGGGUGCAUUCUUCCUCCGGACCAGGUUGACUUUCUCCCCGGCCAAUACUUUGAUAUUCGUGUCGAAGUCCACGCUCCAAUCAACGGCAGCGAAGUUGUCCCGGGCUACACCACUCCCGACUCCAACUUCACCCUGACCAUUGCGAAGGACGGACAAAGUGCCAAAUCCGCUGCGAGCUUCUUCAGCAUCUCAGAGCCAAAGCUUGAGACCUGGAACUUCACUUGGUACGAGGAUCUAUUUGCCAAGGCCGCAAAAACUCCUUCUCUGGUCAAGGUUGCUGCCAAAGCUUACAGGCGGGUUGCACUUUAUGAGCCUGGCAACUACAUUGCGACGCUCAACUAUCGCAAUGGGUCGCAGACAUAUGCCAACUGGACUGUCCGUGAUGUUGCUCCCAAGCGGAAAGCCAAGAACAUUGUCAUGUUCAUUGGUGACGGAAUGACCACCAACAUGAUUACUGCCGCUCGAUUGAUUGCUCACCAGCAGAUCAACGGCAAAUACCAGACGAAGAUGGCCAUGGACACGUUCCCUGUCCUUGGCCACCAAAUGACCCAUUCCUUGGACUCCUACAUUACGGACAGUGCGAACUCGGCCACGGCACUCUACACCGGGCACAAGUCCACCGUCAAUGCCUUGGGUUGUUAUGCAGACAGCUCCAAGUCACCCUUCGAUGACCCUAAGGUCGAAAGCAUUGCCGAAAUGUUCCAUCGACUCUUCAAGGGUGGCGUGGGUAUUGUCUCGACCGCUUUCAUCGCCGAUGCCACCCCAGCAGCGCUGACCGCCCACACCCGUGAUCGAGGCCAAUACGGGGCUGUGGUGGAUUCUUUCCUCAACGGAAUUACCAACUACACUUGGACCAACUGGACCGGCCCGGAUGUUCUGUUUGGUGGUGGUGCUGAACAGUUCUACCCCGGAAAGGGCUCCUUCCAAGGCAAGGACUACUACGCGGAAUUUGCCAAGAAGAACUACAGCGUCGUUCUGAACAACACCGCCCUGCAAGCUUCCUCGAAUUCCUCCAAGACAUUGGGCAUUUUCUCCGUCAGCAACAUGGCCAAAUGGCUUGACCGUAAUGUCUACCCCAAGAAUGUUGACAUCCCCAAGACCGCUCCCGAUGGGUCCAACUCCUCUGCCACCGACCAGCCGGGCCUCAAAGAAAUGACUCUGAAGGCUCUCGAGAUUUUGCACACACGCCACCCAGAGGAGGGCUUCUUCCUCAUGUCCGAAGCUGCCAGCAUUGACAAGCAAAUGCACACUCUCGACUAUGACCGUGCUCUAGGUGAGCUUCUCGAGCUUGAUGACACCAUCAAGGCCACGUUCAGUUACCUCGAGUCCAUCGGCGAAUUGAACAACACUCUUGUGCUUGUCACCGCCGACCACGGUCACGGCUUUGACGUCAUGGGCAAUGUUGACACCAAGUUCCUCAAUGCUCAGGACAACGCCCGUGACAAGCGUGACGCUGUUGGUACUUACCAAAACUCAGGACUUUCUCAGUACCUCGUUAACAACAGGUCUGCCCCUGUUGGUAGCGACCAAAACCUUAUGUACAGCCCUGGCGUCAACUUCCCGACCAACUGGGAUCCCAGAUAUACCUUGUUCUCCGGCGUUGCCGCGUUCCCUGACCACAGAGAGAACUACCAGGUGCACAAGUCCGGUCCUCGUCUUCCUGCAUUGAACAUUACGGGCUUCGACAAUGAUGACUAUUACGUUAACUACGUCGACGCUGUCACUGGAUUCAUUGUGAACGGAACCCUCCCUGUUUCGGCCGACCAAGGCGUGCACUCUCUGACUGAUGUUCCUGUCUUCACUCGUGGACCUUGCCAGGAGAAAUUUGGCGGUGUAUACGGCAACACUGACAUUUUCUUUGGCAUGGCUGACUGCCUUGGCCUGAGUCGAACCAAGCCUUCUUCCUAGAAGAAGAGUAAGCAGCUCUGGGGCAGGAAGUCUGGCUCGGUGCUGAGACGGGACGAUGAUAUAUAAUCAAACGUAUUGAGUAUGACAAAAUAAUAGCAUAACAUUCAUUUCGAC